CAUCCCUUUCCACAGUUGUCACCCAGGCUUCUUCGUGGACGCGGUGGUGGGCAACAAGGAAAAGCAGGAACGCCAGUGUCACGGCCAGCUGGGAGGGUGGGCGCCGCAGGAGCCACUACUUCCUUGCAUCGGCGUUGUGGGUUAGUGUCACGCCGAUAGACGCACCGGGAAAUUGGAAGGACGGAGGCAGAACGCGGGAAUGACACAGAGGAGGCUUACAGGGUAGAGAAUGACCCACUUCACCCUCCAGCAUAAACACAAAACAAAACAAAGACAUUACACCCAAAACAACACAAACACGAGCAUCAGAACAUCCCGCUUCCCUGUCCCACACCACCCUACAUGUCACUCAACAACCAAAGACAUCUCACCCAAAGCAACAACACAAACGACCCAACACGAUCAUCAGAACCUAACCGAACACUUCCCUAACACACCUGUACUUUGCUCACCUCGUCUCAUCUCUCUGGCAGUGUGCAACGAGAGUCUUCCUAGCAAGCCACACAUGACGAUCGAAAACUCCACGUACCCUGGUUACGAGACGCACUGGAUGAAGUACAACUGCUAUCCUGGCAUGGGCACGGCUGACGGCGAGGUGGAGCAGCUGUUUACGUGCACGGAGUAUAAUGGAACCUACGACUACAAUGGCACGGAAGUGAAAGAAUGUAACCGUUGCAUGAUACCACCAAACGAGGACAUCACCAACUCCCUCACCCCUGACAGCGACGGGCCCUGGAUGGUGAACGCCUUGGUGACAGUGACGUGCGAGGACAGCUACCUGGUGGCCCACAACAAGAGAGACCAGGAAGUGUUGUGCACCUCGACGGGAUGGGAUAGCCUCGAGUGCCAAAGAGGAUGUCUGGGAGAGCCCUUGGUUGGCAAUGCGACAACGACCUGGUGGGAUGACAUGUGGCGGGUGGGUGAUAACGUCAUCGCUACCUGCUUGGAAGGCUACCACUUCAUCGAAGCGGAUACCACAGAGAUGUCAUUCUCCUGCCAAUACGAUGGCUGGGAGGACCUGCCUGCCUGUGAGAAAGUGUGCCAGGAUGACCUUGAGGUGGCAAACGCGACAGCAGAACGGAAUGGAAGAGUGUGGCUCGUGGGACGCAUCAACACCGUCACAUGUUUUCAUGAGCACCGGUUCCUGAGCAUAAAUAACGCCAUGAUGGAGGUGGAGUGUACCUUCGACGGCUGGGAGGAGACGGAAGGCUGUCUGAAAGUGUGCGAGGAUGAGCCAACAGUGACCAAUGCCUCAACUGACUGGAUCUCUACGGAGCCUUGGCCCGAGGGUAGCUCAGUGGAAGUCACCUGCAAUACGGGUCUCUACCAGUACCCGAGCCUGGAGACCCAGCAGACCCUCCACUGCAACUAUGAAGGCUGGACAAACGCCAUCUGCGAGCAAGUGUGUUUCGUGGCCCCGGACCUGACGCAGUAUAAGGCGCUGUGGAAUGAUUCCAUAGCACCGGGAAGGCUGAAUGACGAGAUUUCCAUCAACUGCAGGUCGAGUCACUACCAUAACGAGUCCCUCAACGACACCACCAUCACCACCGUGUGCACGCCUGAUGGCUGGCUGGCCACCAACCCCUGCAUCUUGUCAUGUAGGGAUCCUCCAGACUUCGGCACUGUGAUAAUGGAGUGGCCGGAGAGGGAGCCGGGGAGGUUUGGAGAUGAGGUGAUAUUGGAAUGCCCUGCCAAACAUCGCAACAAUGAGAACGUCUCCCUCACCACCAUCACAGUGAGCUGCACCUCCGAGGGAUGGAAGACUAUCACCACCUGCCAACAGAUGUGUCUGGAGGAAGACCUAGGGGGCGUAGCAAUAGAGGAAGAGGAGCCAGGCGUGUGGAGAGUGGAUGAGGUGGUGACACGCGCCUGCCCUGAGGACCUCCUUACCUUUGACAAGGCUCUCAACAUCAGUGACUUCAUAUGCACCGCCGACGGCUGGGCAAACCCCGACCCCUGCGUCAACGUGUGCCGCGAGAGGCUGUACCCGGUCAAUGGACACGCCAGAUGGGACCAAAGGAUCUGGACAGCAGGGCACGAGCUGCUGGUGGUGUGCCUGUCGCAGCACCACGUGUCGCCCGAUGUCUACUCCUAUACUGUCCCCUGCACUGACUCUGGCUGGCACAGCGUGAACUCCUCCUGCUCCUACUGUGAGUAUUCCUGUGUCCUCCAUGCUCACUAAUGCUUUUCUCCUCUCCUCUCCUCUCUCCCCUCCCCUCUCCUCUCCUUUCCUCUCCUUUCCUUCCCUUCCCUUCCUUUCCCUUCCCUA